CUUUCUCUGUCUUUCCCUAUUUUUUUCUUCAUCCUCAAUCAGCCUUUGUCCUGUGUCUCAAAGUCUCUCUUUUUCUCACUCUAAGUCAAUAUCUUUACCAAAUCAAUGGCUUCUACCAUUGAUGUUUUCUGAUAAAAACCCUUCAAUUUCAAUCAGGGUUUUAAAAAAGUGUUUAAGUUUAAUUAAAUGGCCGACAUUUUUGACCCUUCUGAAUCUUCUUCCUCACCACUUCUAUGUGAUGAGAGUAAAGAUUUAUGCUUUGAUGAUCAUGAUAUUGAUGCUUCUGCUGUUGGGUUCAUUCAUGAUGAUAAUGAUCAUCAUCAUCAUUUUCAUAAACCGUUGAUUGAUUUUCCUGAACAAAGUGAUGAGCUUUUUACUUCCAUUUUUGAGAGAGAAACUCAAUAUUUGCCUAAAGAUGAUUACUUUAAGAGAUUAAGAUGUGGGGAUUUAGAUUUGAGUGUUCGUCUUGAAGCUUUUGAUUGGAUUUUUAAGGCUCAUUCUUUCUAUAGCUUUGGACCAUUAACUUUUUGCUUAGCUGUGAAUUAUUUGGACAGAUUCUUAUCAACAAGAGAAUUACCAAUUGGUAAAGCAUGGGCUGUGCAAUUACUAUCUGUGGCCUGUUUGUCAAUUGCAGCCAAAAUAGAAGAAACUAGUGUUCCUCAUUCAGUAGAAUUUCAGGUGGGGGAUCCUAAAUUUGUGUUUGAAGCCAAAACAAUACAAAGAAUGGAACUUUUGGUGUUGGACACUUUAAAAUGGAAAAUGAAUGCUGUCACACCAUGUUCCUUGUUAGAUUAUUCCCUCAAGAAAUUGUGUGAUGCUCAUAAUAAUACCAGUUAUCUCUCCUCCUCUAGUACUGUUUUCAAAAGAUCAAUGCAGCUCAUCUCAUGUACAAUUAGAGGGAUUGACUUCUUGGAAUUCAGGCCAUCAGAAAUUGCAGCUGCUGUAGCCAUGUGUGUUACAGCUGAAAUUCAAGCUGUGGAUAUUGACAAGGCCAGUUCUUGUUUCAGUUUUUUGGAGAAGGGUAGGGUUUUGAAAUGUAUGGAAAUGAUCAAGAAUAACAUAGUGAGUAAUAGAAUGGUGCCACAAAGCCCAAAUGGGGUGUUGGAAGCAGGAUGUUUUAGCUAUAAAAGUGACGAAUUAACAUCAUCUAUUGUUUUUGGGUCAUGUCUAAAUUCUUCACAAAUUACUACUACAAAAAAUCCUACAAAUAAAAGGAAAAAAUUAGACUCCUAAUCAUCAAUCAAAUGAGUUUUUUUUUUUUUUUUUGAUGACAAAUUAAACUUUUAUUUGUGUAUUAGUUUUUGGUAUGAUCCCCUCAAAAAAAUAAAAAAAAAAAAAAAAAGGUUUUGGUGUGAAAGAGAGCUAUGGGGUGGUCCUUGUAGAAAUGGGCCCACAAUAGAAAUAAAACAUAGAUAUAUAAAAAGUAGAGAUAGAUAGAAAGAAGAGUGGAGAACUAAGAAAUUAGGGAUGAAACUUAGUAAUGAAAGGUAGAGGUUUCAUGCAAGAUGCAUGAUGAUGAUGAUGAUGAUGAUGAUGAUGAUGAUGAUAUUAUGGGCUAUUGAUAAUUAUUUGUACUACGACAAACAAAAUGUAUCCACAACCAGCUGUUUUUGAGGAUGAGGGGGUGGUGAAUGCUUGAAUUGUGAUCUUAUUCAUGACUAGACACAAUUUUAUUUUUUAGAAAUACAAAUGUCCUUUUUUUUUUUUUUUUUUUUUUAUAAAUUUAUUGUUGAAAUCUUUUUGUAUGAGGGAAAAGAACAAACAAAAUUAUGAAGUGGGUUUUAAUUUUUUCAAAAUUUUCAUUUGGAAAAAAAAAAUGACAAAAAUAGUAAAGUAUAAGUGGAAGUAGUGUCUUGUAGGUAUAUAUAAUUAUAGGCAAUAGUCAUUGUAGUGAAAUUUUACAUGAUCCACCUUUUCUCUCUUUAUGUUUGAUUGUAUGUGGUGAACUUGGUAAAAAUAAAAAUAUAUCAAAUGUAAUCUUAUCCACCUUUCAAUAAAUGUGGUUUGUUUUUUAUU